AGUGUAGGGGUUGGUGCUGGCUGGUGGUGGGGCAAUCGAGAGUACGUAGUCGAGCGACCGUCCCGAUGUGGCCACGAGCUCGAUGCUCGCGUAGGUAGUGAGUGACUUCUUGCGAGCGGACAAACGGCUCUUUACCCCCGGGUAGGAGGUUAAGAAGUGUGGAAGGACACUGUCGAAUUGAAUUGAAGGUUGGGUACGAAUCGUUAUUGGUGUUUGUUACUUAAUUAAUAAUAAUAGGUACUCUACAAUAAAUAUAAAUCUAAAUAAAGUCAUACACUAUUCGGUAAUUAAGCAGAAUUAUUCAAUCACUAGAAGAAGUAUAAAUGGUGGAUAGAUAGAUAAUUAAAGUUUAAAUAAAGUUUACCGAGGAUUAUUAAUAUUAAUAUUAAUUUUAAAAAUUUAGCAAGUAUCAAUUAAAUAAUUUUAUAAAUUAAAAUUAAUAUUUUAAGUUUUAAUUUUUUUUAUCUACCAAAACCGAUAAAAUGGCCGGUGGAUUCACGUAAAAAAGGUAAAAAUUAAUAAUUAAAAAUGUGAAUUACUGGAUUAAAGUUAUUAGAGUGAAUAGUGGCGGUUAUUAAGUGGAAAAGGACAGCGGGAAGAGCCGGAUUAGUGGUUGUGUCAGUGCCUAAACUGGAUCGGAUGUUAUGCGCCGGUGGUACACUGGUGGUUAAAGUUACAGGAGGUGUGUGCGAGAAGCCGGAUAAAAAAUAUAUUAAAUUAGUAAUAAAAAUAAAAUUAGUAAUUUGUAAUAGUGCUGUCGAAAGAAAAGGAUACGAGGAAGGACAGAAUAAUUAUUUUUAAAAAUAACUGCAAGACCAAAAUCAAGACCAAUUGAAAUCAAGGGCCAGCACUUGCUCCUAAGAUGGCAACAACUAUUAUUGAUACUGAUCACUGAUUACUAAUUAAUAAUAAAUAUUUAUCGAUACUAAUGCUAGUUAUUGGUAGCUAUUAAUAAUAUAGGGAAUAAUAAAUUUAUAAGUUAAAAGUAAGGAUAAGGUAUAUCCAGUAGGACCAAUAAGUCCUUGAGUGAAUGAGGUGUUGACACGAUUGUGGUAUUGUGUGUUUUAUUAAAAUUGUGCUGUGUGUGUGCUCGUAAGGUGAAGUUGUGUGUCGCUGUUCGGGGGUGGGUGUUUCUGUGAGAUCAUCGCCAGCAGGGCAUAGGCUCGAACGCAUGUAAGAACAUGGCCGCAUCUAGCCCCUGCCUCCCUCUAGAGGUUGGCAGCAGCGCAAGAGGCGGCACAAAGGGACCCUGGAUACGCGAGUCAGUACAGGAGAAGGCAGCAGAGGUCGGCCGGACUGAGUGGUCUCGGUGACUGGGCUAGCUUUGGAGGGGAGUCACCUGGUCUGGUGGUCAUGCCGGCAGGCCGGGAUCAAGGGGGAGGGGCGGCUGGCGCGGGUUCUAAGGGACCCUCGUCGUUGUUUAUCCUUUCGGAGGACAACUGCAUACGUAAGCACACCCGUUUCAUAAUCGAGUGGCCGCCCUUCGAGUACGCCGUCCUUCUAACCAUCAUCGCCAACUGCGUGGUGCUCGCCCUCGAGGAACAUCUGCCCAAGCACGACAAGACCAUCCUGGCCCAGAAGCUCGAGUCGACGGAGAUAUACUUCCUCGGAAUUUUCUGUGUCGAAGCGAGUCUCAAGAUCCUGGCCCUGGGGUUUGUUCUGCACCGCGGCUCUUAUCUCAGGAACAUCUGGAACAUCAUGGAUUUUUUUGUCGUCGUCACUGGGUUCAUCACGGUGUUCCCGCAAGGUGUGAGUUUGGACAUGGAUCUACGUACGUUGCGUGCAAUACGCGUGUUGCGACCGCUCAAACUAGUCUCCGGCAUCCCAAGUCUCCAGGUGGUGCUCAAGUCUAUCAUCAAAGCCAUGGCACCGUUGCUACAGAUUGGUUUGCUGGUACUCUUCGCUAUCGUGAUAUUUGCCAUCAUCGGGCUCGAGUUUUAUUCGGGUACUUUGCACAAAACGUGCUACAGCAUUGAAGAUCCCAGUAAAAUAGUGAAGGAAGGUGAUCUACCUAGUCCGUGUAAUACAGAUUACAAGCCAGACGCACCGGCAGGUUCGCACGUGUGUGACGCGAAUGUGUCAGUGUGUCGAGAUAAUUGGGAUGGACCGAACAGCGGUAUCACCAGCUUCGAUAACAUCGGCUUCGCUAUGCUCACCGUCUUCCAGUGUAUCACUAUGGAGGGCUGGACUGCCAUAUUGUACUGGACGAAUGAUGCUCUUGGUAGCUAUUUCAAUUGGGUAUACUUUAUACCGUUGAUAGUCCUCGGGUCUUUCUUUAUGCUGAAUCUAGUUCUCGGAGUGUUGAGCGGAGAGUUUGCUAAGGAAAGAGAAAAAGUGGAAAAUCGGCAGUCGUUUCUAAAAAUGCGUAGACAUCAGCAGCUAGAGCGAGAACUUAAUGGCUACGUCGAGUGGAUCUGCAAAGCAGAGGAAGUUAUUCUUGCUGAAGAAAGAACGACAGAAGAAGAAAAGAUGCACAUAAUUGAAGCGAGGAGAAGAGCCAUAAAAGCACAAAGAAAAAAGUUAAAAAAUCUCGGGAAGAGCAAAAGCACAGACACGGAGGAGGAAGAUAAUGAGGACGAUCAGGGCGAUGAUGCUCCUCUUGUUUCAGAGCCUAAGAAAAAACUGAAAGGGUUCUCGAGAGCUUCGUAUCUCAGGUCGAGGGUCAAGAACCAGGGCGCUUGCCUUCAAUUCUGGCGUGCUGAGAAGAGAUUUAGGUUUUGGAUACGGCACACUGUUAAAACGCAGUCAUUCUACUGGUUUGUCAUUGUCCUUGUGUUUUUUAACACAGUGUGCGUUGCUGUUGAACACUACGAUCAACCACAGUGGCUUAGUGAUUUUCUUUAUCACACAGAGUUCGUAUUUCUGGGGCUGUUCAUGUGCGAGAUGUUCAUAAAAGUGUACGCCCUGGGACCGCGCAUCUACUUUGAAUCGAGUUUCAAUAGAUUCGACUGCGUGGUAAUCUGCGGCUCGAUAUUUGAAGUAAUUUGGUCGGCGGUUAAGUCCGGCUCAUUCGGUCUCUCCGUCCUGCGUGCCCUUCGACUCCUUAGGAUAUUCAAAGUCACUAAAUACUGGGCGAGUCUGAGGAACCUCGUAAUAUCGCUGCUCAACUCGAUGCGCAGCAUCAUUUCCCUUCUGUUCCUUCUCUUCCUCUUCAUCCUCAUAUUCGCCUUACUCGGCAUGCAACUAUUUGGCGGGCAAUUUAACUUUCCCACGGGAACACCGCCGACCAAUUUCAAUACUUUUCCCAUUGCGCUGCUAACUGUCUUCCAAAUCUUGACCGGUGAGGACUGGAAUGAGGUAAUGUAUCAAGGAAUCGAAUCUCAGGGUGGCCACAAAGGAGGAGGGAUGAUUUACUCCCUGUAUUUCAUCGUCCUCGUGCUCUUCGGUAACUACACCCUGCUCAACGUAUUCUUGGCUAUCGCUGUCGAUAAUUUGGCGAACGCACAAGAGUUAACAGCCGCCGAAGAGGGUCAAGAGGAGGAGGACAAGGAGAAACAAAUGCAGGAAAUCGAAAAGGAAAUGGAGGCGCUGCAAAUGCCUGACGGCACGGGCCCAAAAGUUGAAAUAUCGCCGCCUAGUUCAUCGCAAAAUUUAAGUGGUAAAGGAGAGAAACAGGCGUCCGAAGAGAAAAAACAGGAGGAAGACGAAGACACGGGACCAAAACCAAUGCUGCCAUACUCCUCCAUGUUUAUAUUAUCUCCGACAAACCCUGUAAGGAGAGGUGCCCAUUGGGUCGUUAAUCUUCGGUACUUUGAUUUUUUCAUAAUGGUCGUGAUAUGUUUGUCAAGUAUAGCACUCGCGACAGAGGACCCAGUUGAUGAAAACUCGUCACGUAACACAGUAUUAAAUUACUUUGAUUAUGCAUUCACGGGCGUCUUUACGAUAGAGAUGAUACUCAAGGUUAUUGAUCUGGGUAUCAUACUCCAUCCCGGCUCGUAUUUACGCGAGUUCUGGAAUAUUAUGGACGCAGUGGUUGUAAUAUGUGCCGGAGUUUCAAUGGGUUUUGAGCUAUCGGGUAAAUCCGCGGGCCAAAAUUUAUCAACUAUUAAGUCACUUCGUGUAUUACGAGUAUUAAGACCAUUAAAAACAAUAAAACGUGUGCCGAAACUUAAAGCAGUGUUUGAUUGUGUCGUUAACAGUUUAAAAAACGUCAUUAACAUUCUCAUCGUGUAUAUAUUGUUUCAAUUCAUCUUUGCCGUCAUAGCGGUACAGUUAUUCAAUGGUAAAUUUUUCUACUGUAGCGACGAAAGUAAACGUACCAAAGAAGAUUGCCAGGGUGAGUAUUUUGUCUUCGAGGAGGACUCAUCACUGCCUCAAGCGAGAAAACGAAUAUGGCAGCCACAAAGCUUUCAUUAUGAUAACGUAAUGGCGGCGAUGUUGACGCUAUUUGCCGUGCAGACCGGCGAAGGUUGGCCGCAAAUUCUUCAACAUUCUAUGGCAGCAACUCACGAGGACGAAGGUCCUAUUCACAAUUUCCGUAUCGAAAUGUCCAUAUUUUACAUUGUAUACUUCAUUGUAUUUCCAUUCUUCUUCGUAAACAUAUUCGUCGCUUUAAUUAUUAUUACUUUUCAAGAGCAAGGUGAGGCUGAAUUGCAGGACGGUGAAAUUGAUAAAAAUCAGAAAUCGUGUAUAGAUUUUACAAUAGGAGCGAGACCUCUCGAGAGGUAUAUGCCGAACAAGCGGAAUAGUGUAAAGUACAAAAUAUGGAAAAUAGUAGUGUCAACGCCAUUUGAAUAUUUCAUCAUGAUUCUCAUCGUUUUGAAUACUCUUCUGCUUAUGAUGAAGUACCACAAGCAGGGCGAUGUGUACAAAGCCAUACUAAAGUACAUGAACAUGUGCUUCACCGGGAUGUUCACCAUCGAGUGCACUCUGAAGAUCGCCGCUUUCGGCGUCAAAAAUUUCUUCAAAGAUCCGUGGAAUACAUUCGACUUCAUUACUGUUAUCGGAAGUAUCGUGGACGCUCUGGUCGUUGAAUUCGGGUGUAAUUUUCUUUGUCUCCUGCAGGAAAAUUUCAUCAACGUCGGGUGUCUUAGGCUCUUUCGUGCUGCUAGACUGAUUAAAUUACUGAGACAAGGAUAUACAAUACGAAUUUUACUUUGGACAUUCGUACAAUCCUUCAAGGCGCUGCCUUACGUAUGUCUGCUCAUAGCGAUGCUUUUCUUCAUUUACGCAAUUAUAGGAAUGCAGGUUUUUGGAAAUAUUGCACUGGAUCCAGAGACCUCGAUAUAUGAGCAUAAUAACUUUCAAAGCUUUAUACAGGGUCUAAUGUUACUAUUUCGGUGUGCAACAGGUGAAGCCUGGCCGAGUAUAAUGUUAUCGUGUAUAAAAGAGCGGAAGUGCGACCCUCGAGCAAAGCAAGAUUCCGAGGGCUGCGGAUCGAAUCUAGCUUAUGCUUAUUUUGUAUCGUUUAUAUUUUUCUGUUCAUUUCUGAUGCUUAAUCUCUUUGUCGCCGUUAUCAUGGACAACUUCGACUACCUCACUCGCGACUCAUCUAUUCUCGGAGCUCAUCAUCUCGAUGAGUUUGUGAGAAUUUGGGCAGAAUAUGAUCCGAACGCAACGGGUAGGAUCCAUUUUUCAGAAAUGUAUGAUAUGUUAAAAAAUAUGGAUCCGCCUCUUGGGUUCGGGAAUAAAUGUCCCAAUAGAUUAGCCUAUAAAAAACUCAUCAGGAUGAACAUGCCUGUUGAUGAUGAGUGUAAAGUCGCUUUUACAACGACACUCUUUGCCUUGAUUAGAGAAAAUCUCAGUAUCAAAAUGAGAGUCGCUGAAGAGAUGGACCAAGCUGAUGAAGAAUUAAAAGAUACAAUUAGAGCUAUUUGGCCAUUGCAAGCGAAAAAAAUAUUGGACCUUUUGAUACCUAGGAAAGAAGAAUUAUCGAAAGGUAAACUAACUGUUGGUAAAAUCUAUGCUGGCCUGUUGAUCCUCGAGAACUGGAAGACAACGAGGUUUGGUCAAAUAGAACCAGCAGGCGGCCAGACUGAUAACGAUAACGAUAGUGCCGGGCAAACUACUCCAGCCCAGGCGCAUUCAACAUUCUUCAACUGCCUGAUGGACAUGGCCGGAGUUAAUCACGGUGGUAAUAACCACCAUGGAAGCAGAUUAAACAGUCUAGAGCAGCCAGUCCUUAACGGCAAGCCCCAGGAGCACAAGGACUCCUUGCAUGAUGAAGAAGUCGAUGAAGUUGAUGAUGUAGAUGGGGAAGGAGUCUAUGGGGCUCUGCUUGGUCCAGCCCAGAAACGACGUCAACGAAGCAUCAGAAAUAAAAAGGAUCUACAGGAUGUAGUUAGUGAUUCACGUGUGGGAAGCCUUGAAAGUUUAACGCAUACUGGCGAUCGAAUUCAUUCGCAACCACUUCAUCCACGACUUCAUUCACGGUCACCAAGUUUAAGAAGACAUUCGCCAUUACAUAGAUCACCUUCGCCAUCGAGAAGACCAAGAUAUGAUCACCAUCAACCCCAGUACCAUGAUGUUGGUUUUAGCGAUACAGUGACCAAUGUCGUGGAAAUUCAACGACACAUUCAUCAUCCACAUUCGCAGUACAAUCAUCGGCAUAAAAGAGACUAUUACGACCACUACGACUAUUAUGACGAUGGUCCAUGGAGCGCGUCGACGAGUCCGGCGCGAUCGCCGAGCCCGGUCCACCGGAUGGACCACGGCCGGCACUACGGAACGACGAGCCUGGAACAGCGUUCCCGGAGCCCGAGCCCAGCGUCUCGCCGUCAGCCGAUCCACCCUCAUCACCACCAUCACCCGCACCAGCACAGCUACCCGGUGCUAGUAACCCGCCGUGGGCAAGGCCGUCGUCUGCCCCCAACGCCGAACAAGCCAUCGACGCUCCAGCUGAAGCCAUCGAACAUAAACUUCCCGAAGCUGAACGCAUCGCCGACCCACGGGCCCCACCUGAUGGGCCACCACCCGGCACAAGUUCCAGUCCACCACAUGGGGAACAUUCCACCGGCGGGGCCGCCUCAGUGCCCACUCAGCUUCGAGCAAGCGGUCGCUAUGGGUCGCGGCGGUCGGCUUCUGCCCAGCCCGGUUCCCAACGGGUUCAAGCCGCCCUCAGCCGGGUUGUCCUCCAGCAAGCAAAGGAUACCCCGGUCCCGGCACUCCGACAGCGACGAAGACGAUUGGUGCUAGCCAACGUGGGACCCUGGACGGUGGUCCGGCGAUGUCCAAGCUUCUUCGCGGGGUCUUUCUGCCUGCAAAGUCAAGUGAGGCGCCGCCAAUCCAUCUUCUUAAGACUGUUGUUGUCUUAGUUAAUUAAACGACGACCAGAAGGGGUCACUUUUUGAUAAUACGGCUGAUCAGCCUUUCAUCAAUAGGGAAGGACACUUUGUUUCUUUAUUUAUUUAAUAUUAAUUAUAGUUAUAGCUAUAUCUUCUUAUAUUAUUAUUAUAAAUUAUAACUUUAUCUAAUUAUGUAUAUAAUACGUUUAAAAUAAGUAUAUGCGUAUUUAUACGACGUUUAUUAUAUUGAAUCGAUUUAUUUGUUAAAGAUUAUAUAUUAUUAUUAUGUUUAAUUACAUGCCAACUUGCGAUGCGUCCAAUCUUGACGGCCAGCGAACAGGUCUUCUAUCAAAGAGCCGCUUUUUAUACGAUUAUUAACGCGCUUGAUCGGCUGGACUUCAAGAUUGCUUAAAGAUUAUUAUUAUUAUUAUAAAGAAGAAAGAGAUUUGCAGUAAAAAUUUUUUGUUAUUAUAUUUCACACCGAA